GAAAGACAUUUCAGGUGAAGUGAAUGUGUGGUAAAGUGUGGUCUGUUGACAAGAUGGGUCUGUGGACCAUACUGCUGCUGAGCGUUCUGGUCUCUCUGACCCGCACCUUUGAUUUUCAGGGUGGAUUGAUGACUUUUAGGCCAGUGAAACGACAAUCGAAUGGAACAAUUACAAUGAGCUUCCAUUACAAAGAGUCUUAUAGAGGACAGUGUGCGCAUCAGCUCAGCUGGGACUGUGGGACUGGAGACUGCGGUCAGGUCACUCUUUCUGAAGUCACCGACACAGACCAGGGCCGCUGGUGUCAAUCCGAGGGUCACAUUCUGAGAAGUCUUCCGAGUGAUGGACCAUUCACCCUGAGAGGCACGGGUUGUUGCUGGGUUUCCAAUCUCAACAAUGCCAUGAACUGGACAAUGGUCACCGCAGUGGAUAUGGGCAUACGCUCUGACACCCACCGCCUCAACAAAUCUCCUCUCAUGACAAUUGUUCCAACUAUCAGAAUGCCCCAAAAUUGCAUCACAAGACUCCCACUUCUGUCACAUGAUCCGGAUGGGGACCAAGUCAGAUGCCGUUUUGAAGCCGACACGAGCCUUCAACAUCCAGCCUUCACACUGAACGAGACUCUCUGUACUCUACAACUGAACAAGACAACGAGUGUAGGCGUGCACGUGUAUAAAUUGGUGGUGGAAGAUUUCCCAGCUGAAGCCAUAACUUUGUCAUACAGUGAUGGGACCUCUUCUGCCAGAAAUCCGUUGGAUCCUCUCAGCCAGCUACCUUUGCAGUUUGCUGUUGAGAUUGGCUCCCCUUUGGCAAGCUGUGUCUCUGGGGUGGUGAGACCACAGUUCCUGUAUCCCACACCAAUACAUGGAGAUACGCUAUAUGCUGCUCUGGGUCAGGCAUUCACACUCACCCUGCGAGCUCAGGCAACAGAUACCCUGAUAUAUGACUUUCAGCUCAGUGGACCUUACAACAUGACUAAGAACUCAUUCCGGAAUGAGAGCAAUGGAAUAGUCCAGGUACAGGUCAGCUGGACACCGCAGGAGAGUGAUGUGUUCCAGAAAGUCCCUGUUUGCUUCACUGCAGAGACUAUUGAGAGCCAAUCUGAGAUGAGAUGCAUAGUUGUGAUGGUUGAAAGGAAUGCUCUGUUGUCAAUUGAUGCUGACAUCUCCUGCUCGGAUAGUGUAAUAUCCAUCACUCUGCCCAAGACCAGCAUGCUGGAUGUAGACACCAGUCGGCUCUUCCUAAAGGACCCCACCUGCUCCUUCACCUCCAACCAAUCCCACAUUAUGGCCACACUCUCCCUCAGCUCAUGUGGAACAGAAAUGUUGGAUAAUGGCGACUACAUCGUGUUCAGAAACGAAAUCAAUUCUGCCGAGGAGACCUCAGUCAUAACCAGGAUGAAUCUUGUCAAGAUACCCUUCACAUGCAGCUACCCAAAAAUAGCUUACGUUUCAGCCAACUUCAGGAAUCACAAAUCUGACUACGUGUUCACAGAGGCAGGCUUUGGCAGUUUCAGCUACUCCUUUGAUUUCUACACUGACAACACUUUCCAGAGCAUAAUUGACCCCAGCUCUUAUCCAGUAGAAGUGAAGCUGCUGGAUAUGAUUCACAUGGGCAUCAGUGGUCACUCCUCUCUCUCAAAUAUCGAGCUGUUUGUGGAGUCCUGCAAGGCUACCCCAGACGACAACCCUGACAACCCUUUGUUUUAUGAUAUCAUCAAAAAUGGCUGCUCAUUGGAUGAAACCCUCAGCGUUUCCCCAAGAGGGAAAACUGAGUUCAUGUUUGAAAUUGAGACUUUCAAGUUCAACGGAGACUUUGACGAGGUGUACAUCAGCUGCAGUGUGAUCAUGUGUGAGGCUACCAGCUCCCACUCCAGGUGCAGAGAGGGCUGUGUGACCGACCCGAUACGUAGACGCAGGCGUGACCUGAACGUCCAGACGCACAAUCACAUCAUCACCCAGGGACCGCUGAGGCUCGAAAGGCAAUCCAGUGCAGUUUUGGACAGAAGCCCCAGUGUUGCCCAGAGCUGGAGCUAUGGCACCCUGCUGUUUGGUGGGCUGUUCAUCGCGGCGGCCCUGAUGCUCGCUGGAGUGCUGGUGUACUACAAGAAGAAGAUCAAGCCCUUUGAACGCACCCAUCUCCUGUCCUCAUAGGCAUGAUGGGAUUAUAUUCUUCCACUUAGUUUGUAAGAAAGAGGCUCCAAAAGUACAAAGGUGUUGGCUUUGAGCAUAUGAUCACAUUGUAUACCUUCUAUAUUCAAAUUAUGUUCCAAAUCUCUCCUUAUCUCAAAAAAGGCACUGCCAGUACACACUGAUUGCAAAGUAUCUGACUACAAUAUCAAUCUUUUCUAAGUUUCUUUUCUAAGCAAAAUUAAAAAAUAAAUGCUUCUUAAUUUACUCAUCUGAAGUGGUUUUGCUGAUGAAGGAAGUAUAGAUGUUCUCUAUACUCUGUAGCCUAUAAGUGCACUUAAAUGACAAUUUAUGAUUAUAAUAUGGUUGGGUAAUUUAUGGGAUUUGCGAUUAAUUGUGCCUAUUUUAAUUUAUUUUUGAGAAGUACUUUGACACAUGAAGGAAAGCUGUCAGGUUCUGUGUUUUUCUGUAUCUUUUUUCUGUAUCGUUGUUAGCAUUUUUGUUCCUUGUUACCCUCUGUGGCCACAGUAGUCCGUUUCCUGUUCCAUUCACCCUCAUUCAUUUGUUUCACCUGUGCUCUGCUUAGUGUCUCCGCCUCCCACUCCCAACAACUUAGACAAAAACCAGAUACAGAAAAACACAGAACCUGACAGAAAGUAAUAAAUAGCGAAGGAUGUUAACUUGAAAUAUAAUUAAUAAGCCAAACUUGCUAUACUCAUAUUGUAAUUUAUUGUAACUUUGUAACAAUGAUCUGCCUGAACACUUAUAAGUACACUAAUAAAUAGAUUUGGUGAUGGAUUGAAAACA